AUAGUGGAAACAUAAUGAACAGAGAGAACAGGGCAAUUGAGAGAAUCCAUGGCAAUUGAUUAUACUAGUGAUCCAGAAGUAGUAGAAGAAUCGAAUGGAAAACCAGAAUAUGGAGUAAGAGGAGGAAUAGAUGCAAAAGAAAGACAUAAAUUAUUAGAAAGAGAAAGAAGAAAAUCAAUGACACAGUUAUUUUCAUCUCUUCAUUCAUUAUUACCCAAUUCUAAAACAAUACGCAAUGAACAAUCUGCAAUCCUUGAUGCACUUAUUUGGUACAUACCAAAAGCUGUUGAUCGUCUUCGUUCGCUACAAACUUCAACAGAUGAUGCUUCAUCCAGUACUACUUCGUCCGUUCUGUCAAAUCAGAAGUUUUCUUCUCUGCCGGCAUUUAAAGGUUCAGACAAUAAAAAGAACAAGGCAACGUCUGCUGCAAACACAGUAAGUGAUUGUGACAUCCGUAUUGCACCCGAACCUUCUUCUUCAGUAGCGUUACGAGUUCGAGGUGACAGAGCUAAUGUUACUUUGGUUACUAAGAGCACUACUCCGCAGAAUGUAUUAAUACCGGCAGAUGUUUUAGAUGAACUUGAAAACCAUCAACUUGAACUGGUUCGUUCAACACACUGUCGUGAUGCAACUAAGGUUUUGCAUCAUUUUGAAACCAAGAUUUGUGAUGAAUUGGAGAAAUCUCCGGCGGAACUACAAGCGAGGUUACAAGAACUAGCAAAGAAACUCCAGAAGCCACCGAGGAAAUCAACUUUACUCAAGAGAACAUUUGAUCAAAUUGAAUGAACACUAGCUAGUAAUAUACAGGGAAUAUUGACAAAAUGUCCCAUUCUCAAUUUCGGUUUAAUAAAUUAUUCCCGUUUUUUCAACUUUUCAAAACUAUCCCCACUGUUAAUUUUUCCAUCUAAUUUAGUUUUCCAUCAAAUUUUUUACUUAUUUACCCUUUACUUGUCACGUUUAUCUUCUACUUCAUUUUUCAGGUUC